AUGACUGAUCAUAUUGUUGCCCAGGCGCAGAAGAUAUUGCCUAACAUACCCUUGAGUGUAGUUUCACAAGGUGCCGAGGCGUUGGUGUUCCAGACUGGGACGCAUCCGUACUGUUCUGAAGAAUCGUUGAUCCAUCUCUCCAAUGCGUCAACUUUCAUAAUCAAAUACAGACCCCCCAAACCUUAUAGACACCCUAAAAUAGAUAAACAGAUCACCAAGUCCAGAACCAUCGCAGAAGCCAAAUUCAUGAGCAAGUUGAGUAAGUUGAGUAUCCCAUCGCCCGAUUUAAUUUCUAUUGACUCGAUAAAUGGGGUCAUCUGGAUGGGGUAUAAGGGCAAGCCUUUGGCUAACGGUGAAAUAAGCUCAUUGAAAAACUGGCUCUGGUGGUUGGAAAAGCAAGACGACUCUGCCUCGUUGUGCGUACUGGACGUGGUUGAAAAGGUAUUUCUCAACAUUGGUGCGUUAAUCGCGAAGUUGCACUUGAAUGAGAUGAUCCACGGUGAUCUAACGAGUAGUAAUAUCUUGCUAGAAGAGAACCACGAUGGAGUUUUCGAAGCAGUACUAAUAGAUUUCGGUUUGUCUUCGUACUCGGGAUUGCCUGAGGAUAAGGCUGUGGAUUUGUACGUGCUUGAAAGGGCGGUGCUCAGUACCCAUUCCGUGCAUCUGGAAAUCUACAAUGAAUGGCUCUUGAAGGGCUACAACGAUAUGCAUUUAAGUAAAGAGUUUAAGUCCAAGCAAGGCUCUAAGAAAUUGGUCGAGACUAUUAAGCGUUUGGAAGAUGUCAGAUUGAGAGGAAGAAAGAGAAGUAUGUUGGGUUAG